CGCCACUGCUUAUUUGGUGUCGAGUCACAACGCAACAAACUGUGCAUGCAGUUGCACAAAAAAAAUCACAAAUCACAAAAUAAAAAUAAACAUAAAAGUAAAAGUAAGAAAAUUAAGUGAGAUUAAAAUACGCGAGUGAACUAAAUUGAGGCACAAAAAAAAGCAAUUUGCAUGCAAAAGUGUCAUUCGAUGCGAGUUGAAGAAACUUUACAAAGUGCGUGCAUAAUAAUACAAUAAAAAUGACCGAGCAACAACAACAGCAACAGCAACAAGCGGAGACGCAGCAGCCGACGUACAACAAAUUCACAUUGAGUGCCAAAAAAUAUACAAAGAGUCCUGCUCUGCCCGGACGCUUGCGGCCUUGGUUUCUGGAGCAGCUAUGCGUGUUCUUUGGCGAACUCAUAGCUACGGCUAUGCUCAUUUUUCUGGGCUGCAUGGGCUGCGUGCAAUCCUCGCAGUAUGUCAACUCACACUUUCAGUGCUCCUUGAACUUUGGCUUCGUCGUGCUUAUCUGCAUACAAUGCUUUGGCUGCGUCUCUGGCGCACAUCUCAAUCCGGCAGUAACCUUGGCCAGUUAUGUGUAUAAAAUGAUAUCGCUGCCCAUGGCGUUGGCUUAUUUUGUGGCACAAAUGUUGGGCGCCUUUAUUGGUUACGGCUUAAUACGUGCAUCAUUGCCCAAGGAUUCUGUCUGCUCGGCGGAGACGCCACUGGGCGCUUGUGUUACCGCCGUUGCUGAUGGCAUUAGCGUGUGGCAAGGACUGCUCAUUGAGUUUCUUGUAACCUGCGCGCUCAUCACCAUUUGCUGCGGCGUCUGGGAUCCACGCAAUUCUAAAUUCAUGGAUUCAGUAUCCGUGCGUUUUGGCCUGGCUAUAGCCUGUUUAUCCUUAACGGCGGGUCAAUUCACCGGCGCCAGCAUGAAUCCAGCGCGUUCCUUUGGCCCUGCUGUUUGGAAUAAUCAAUGGAAACAUCACUGGAUAUACUGGGCAGGUCCCUUAGUAGCGGCGCUAGUCACUGCUCUCGUAUACAAACACGUCUUUAGGCGUGAGGACAAUAAGCCCGAGGCAAUUGCUAUUAAGCCUAAUGAGCAGGAAGUGCCGUAGAAUCUAUUUUAUCACAACAACUUUAUGCAACAUAUAUAUUAAAAUAUAUUAUAUCUAUAUAAUAACUAGACUAAGUUGUAAGUGGGUUUUAUGCCGUAUUAGUUGUAAUUAGCACCAAAAGACGAAUUUUCAUGUACAAG